GGAAGCGAAGCCUCCUAAAGACGCCGCGGCGCUUGGCUGCUCCUGCGCGUGCGCAGGCGGAGCGCCGCUGGAGCCGUCUUGUUUGCAGCCUCCAGCGCCGCGGCCGCCUUUCUGGGAUUUGAGUCUCGCGGUUUCUUCGUUCGCUCGCCAGCGGGUUCGCGCCCCUCUCGCGCCCCUGGGCAGCGAGGCUGGGAAGGGGUUGGAGGGGGCUGUUGAUCGCCGCCUUUAAGUUGUGCUCGGGGCGGCCAUGUCGGCCGGCGAGGUCGAGCGCCUAGUGUCGGAGCUGAGCGGCGGGACCGGAGGGGAUGAGGAGGAAGAGUGGCUCUAUGGCGGCCCAUGGGACGUGCAUGUGCACAGUGAUUUGGCAAAGGACCUAGAUGAAAAUGAAGUUGAAAGGCCAGAAGAAGAAAAUGCCAGUGCUAAUCCUCCAUCUGGAAUUGAAGACGAAACUGCUGAAAAUGGCGUGCCGAAACCGAAAGUGACCGAGACUGAAGAUGAUAGUGAUAGUGACAGUGAUGAUGAUGAGGAUGAUGUUCAUGUCACUAUAGGAGACAUUAAAACGGGCGCACCACAGUAUGGGAGUUACGGUACAGCACCUGUAAAUCUUAACAUCAAAACAGGGGGAAGAGUUUAUGGAACUACAGGGACAAAAGUCAAAGGGGUGGACCUUGAUGCACCUGGAAGCAUUAAUGGAGUUCCACUCUUGGAGGUAGAUUUGGAUUCCUUUGAAGAUAAACCAUGGCGUAAACCGGGUGCUGAUCUUUCUGAUUAUUUUAAUUAUGGGUUUAAUGAAGAUACCUGGAAAGCUUACUGUGAAAAACAAAAGAGGAUACGAAUGGGACUUGAAGUUAUACCAGUUACCUCUACUACAAAUAAAAUUACGGCCGAAGACUGUACUAUGGAAGUUACACCAGGUGCAGAGAUCCAAGAUGGCAGAUUCAAUCUUUUUAAGGUACAGCAGGGAAGAACUGGAAAUUCAGAGAAGGAAGCAGCACUUCCAUCUACAAAAGCUGAGUUUACUUCUCCUCCUUCUUUGUUCAAGACUGGACUCCCACCAAGCAGAAACAGCACCUCUUCUCAGUCUCAGACAAGUACUGCCUCCAGAAAAGCCAAUUCCAGCGUUGGAAAGUGGCAGGACCGGUAUGGGAGGGCCGAAUCACCUGACCUAAGGAGAUUACCUGGGGCAAUUGAUGUUAUUGGUCAAACUAUAACAAUUAGCCGAGUUGAAGGAAGGCGACGGGCAAAUGAAAACAGCAACAUACAGGUCCUUUCUGAAAGAUCUGCUACUGAAGUAGACAACAAUUUUAGCAAACCACCUCCAUUUUUCCCCCCAGGAGCUCCUCCCACCCACCUUCCACCUCCUCCAUUUCUUCCACCUCCUCCAACUGUCAGCACUGCUCCACCUCUGAUUCCACCACCAGGUAUUCCAAUAACUGUACCACCUCCAGGUUUUCCUCCUCCACCAGGCGCUCCACCUCCAUCUCUUAUACCAACAAUAGAAAGUGGACAUUCCUCUGGUUAUGAUAGUCGUUCUGCACGUGCUUUUCCAUAUGGCAAUGUUGCCUUUCCCCACCUUCCUGGUUCUGCUCCUUCAUGGCCUAGUCUUGUGGAUACCAGCAAGCAGUGGGACUAUUAUUCAAGAAGAGAGAAAGAUCGAGAUAGAGACCGAGACAGAGACCGGGAACGAGACCGUGAUCGGGACAGAGAAAGAGAACGCACCAGAGAGAGAGAGCGGGAGCGUGAUCACAGUCCUACACCAAGUGUUUUUAACAGUGACGAAGAACGAUACAGAUACAGAGAAUACGCGGAAAGAGGCUACGAGCGCCACAGAGCAAGUCGAGAGAAAGAAGAACGACACAGAGAAAGACGGCACAGAGAGAAAGAGGAAACCAGACACAAGUCUUCUCGAAGUAACAGUAGACGUCGCCAUGAAAGUGAAGAAGGAGACAGUCACAGGAGACACAAGCACAAAAAAUCUAAGAGAAGCAAAGAAGGAAAAGAAGCUGGCAGUGAGCCCGCCCCUGAACAAGAGAGCACCGAAGCCGCACCGGCCGAAUAGGCACGGCUCUGGCCUUGUGUGUAUAUUAUGGCCAGAAAUGUACCAUAGAUCUUGUUAUUUUUCUGGAUAAUGUUUAAGAAAUUUACCUUUAAUCUUGUUCUGUUAGUAUGAAAAGUUAACUUUUUUCUCAAAAUAAAAGAGUGAAUUUUUCAUGUUAAGUUAA